AUGGCUUCAAACGAUCCGUCUCCAACUGGCCGUACGUCAAACGACCCUUCUGGGGACUACGAAGAUGGCGACUCUAUGGUAGAUUCAAUCAAGGACCAAGACGAAGACAAGGAGCAUGAUGUGGAUUUGAGUUCGCCACAAGAUUCAAGUUUGCGGCGUAGUAUCAAUAAGAUCUGUUCGGGACUUUAUGAUAUAAAGAACGUGGUGAAGGAGAAAGCUGGUCUGCACACGGAUACGCUCUGCGCAACCUGCAAGAAGAUACCAUUCGCGGAGUGCCUACCAGGCGAUGCCGAGGAAGAUAAUGAAGAAACCGACCGCAGUAGUCGAGCACAAGAUCCGCUUAUAUCCUACAUAAGCCUGUCACGGAUUCUAGAAAAUCGCAACUUUUGCAAGUUUUGUAACCUCCUUUUCAAGGCCGUUUGCGAGCCAGAAUACGAUUUGCUGGAGGCACAACAUAUCGGAAAGUAUCUGCCAGAGAGCUUCAAGUACAAAAGAUUCGCAGAUUGGAUCGAGGAAAACUCAUACUGGAAACGAAAUUUGGUGGGGGGUGCUGGGAUGUGGCCGUUUGGAUACGCUGCAGGCGAACAAGCUGCCAGCUCGACGCUACAACAAGCAAAGACACUGUUUCUAGAGGCGGAAGAUCGCGACAUUAACACCAAGAGCCUCAAUAUGAACGACCUUAGGGAUAUGUAUAAUUCUAGAGACACGGUAGCCGAUACAAUGGUUGCAGCUAACACAAGUCUCGCAAUCAUUAAUCUCGUCACGAACCAGAAAAGCGAGGGGUUGCAGAAGGGAUUGGGAAGCGCUCAGUUUGCGAUGGGGCAACUAGCCCUAUUACGGAGUAAAAAGAGAAAGCGGCUGCCCUGCAUUUUCAUGAUCAGAGCGUAUCGAAAACACGAGGAGAAAAGAGGAGCCAUGAGUGUACGUGUAUAUGGGCACGGGGGAGCACCUCUCGCACCCUUGAAGGAAAUAUGUCAUUUCAGCCUGCGUUUCGAAACUUCCAGCAGCCCACGAUUGGUCAAGCAGCAGAUUUGGUAUAGCCAGAAGAUCGGUCCUCGAAUCGAUGUCGCAUUCUUCAAGCACUGCGUUAAGGCAUGCACGUCGAGGCACGAUUGUGGAGAAUUGUUGAGUGAUUCAGUGAAUGAGGCUACAUCAACUCCAGAGUUGGAAGAGGCCGCCAUAUUUCGACUUGUUGAUGUGAGAAAGAUGUGUAUCACGGAGAUGAACUUCUGUAAUAUGAUCCGCUCACGCUCCCGCCGAAGAUACGUAGCUUUGAGUUACAGAUGGGGGAUUCUACCACUACUGGAGGGCUGGAAAGAGUACAAAGACGAUGCAGGGCGACCUUACUACCACAAUGAGGAAACGACUGACGUAACAUGGACUCGGCCAACCUCAUCUAUACGCCUCACUUCGACUAACAAAUUCGCGUUGUCAAAAGAGCAUAGUCUCGAGGCCGAAGGUGUUCAUAUCCCAAAGACCAUCAAAGACGCCAUCGAGGUCGUCCAAGCCAUCGGCGAAGAAUACAUGUGGGUCGAUCAGCUCUGCGUCCCUCAAGAAGGUGAUGAGCACGUUAUGCACGCCAACAUCCAACGCAUGGGUCACGUAUACAACCGUGCCCUCUUUACCAUUGUUGCUGGAGACAGCUCGCACGCUGAUGAAGGGUUGAGAGGACUCCAUGGUCAUCCCAGCCGUGGCAAACAGGUCUUUGAAGAUGACAUCAUUAAGAGUACCCGGAUGGUGCUGCCCACGCGCAUGGAAUUGAAAUACGGAGCUUGGGAAGAGCGGGCAUGGUGUCUUCAAGAGAAGUUACUUUCUAGAAGGAUACUUAUCUUCGCAGGUGGAUUUGCAGUGUGGCAUUGCCGGGGAGGAACGUGGAGGGAGGAUGUUAAUGCGUUGGACGGAGAUAAAUCGUUGAUUUCGUUUCCAUGGCUUAGACUCACGCCCUUGCCGCAACCUAGCCAUGAUAUCCCGCCAGCAAUGCAGAUUGUACGAGAGGAUGGGAGUGUGAGACUGAUGAGACUGCCGUCGAUGCACCAGUAUAUCGAUGCAGUAGAAGAUCUGGGUAGAAGGACGAUAGGGAAGAGUUGUGAUAUUCUUAGUGCGUUCAAUGGUCUUGCAAACGUUCUUUGUGGCCCAGGGUUUCUCAACUCUCCUUUCCGAAACGGAUUACCAUGUCACUUCCUGGAUGUCGCACUCUUAUGGCAAUCAGAUGAGCCUAUGCGUCGCCGCCAAGAUGACUUCAACAGAAAAUGUCCGCCAAGCUGGACGUGGGCGGGCUGGGAAGCUGCACGAGCACUAUUUGUAUCUGGCAGUAAGGGUGCGCAAAUUCGUUUUGACCAGCCCUUCGACGUCUUGGUCUUGGACUCCGGCAUCGUUCGACGGUACCGCAGAUGCGGCGAAGAACGCAUUCGUCCCCGCAAAGGCACAUUCUACGGUAUCCAGGAAAAGCGUCAUGGUCUCUCCCUGCAAGAACUGGGGCUCUUCGGCAUGCCCAACAUGAGUGCUAGAGGAUUCCGAGACUGGGACUCGGCGGACGCCAGACCAGCACCAAAACCGAGACUAAGCAUAUCACUGCACGAGUUGACAGAGCAACAUCUUAUCGUGAAUACGGAGCUAAUGAACCUAACGUUGGAUAGCGAUUGCUGGAAAGUUCGGACAUCGACGAAACGCGCUGGUGAUGAGCACUGCAUCAUCGAGUUUCACGACACUAGACCCACCGAAAUAACAUCGAAAGCGGAGGGUGUAGCCCAACCAGAUCUGCAGAUCAAAACUGUCGUGUCUCGAGAGCACUGGGUCAAUACCUCAACGCAUCGUAGAGCCGGCACCGUAAAGUUUGACACCGGAUUUGAUGAACAUCGCGCAAAUUCCGUGACCGCGAUCCUGCUGUCAGAAGCGCAGUACCUGGGUAACGAGAGAAGGCCAGACGUUCUAGGCUAUCCACUCUACAAUAUCCUUGUGGUAAAGACGGUAAGAGUAGAAGGUGGUGUAAAGUUUAUGGAGCGCAUAGGUCUUGGGAGGAUAUACAAAUAUGCGUGGAGAGGAGCAGGGGCAAGAAAAGAAGUGGUUGUGUUAGAGUAA